AUGCUAUCAGGCUCUAUUCCACCUUCUUUUCAAGAGAUGUUCAGCUUGCAAUCCAUUGAUUUUUCAUAUAAUGCUUUGGAAGGUCCUCUUCCCAAUAGCAAAAGCUUUCAGAAGGCUCCUGUAGAGGCAUUCAUAAAUAAUAAAGGCUUAUGUGGUGAAGUGCAAGGUCUGCGACCCUGCAAUGCCUCUUCAAUCAGUCAUGUAGAUGCAAAGAAAGGCCAUAGAGUUGUGAUCCUCAUUAUUCUUCCUGUCUUGGUGGCCUUGUUUCUUUUAUUUGUAAUCGUUGGCAUUUCUUUCAUUUAUUACCAAAGACGAGGAAAUAUAGAGAAAGGGGUUCUUAAGAGGAGCAGCGAAAAUCCAUUUUUAAUAUGGAAUUAUGAUGGGAUGGCCGUGUUUGAAGACAUACUGGAGGCAACAGAGGGUUUUGACGACAAAUAUUGCAUCGAUAUUGGAGGUUAUGGGAAAGUUUACAAAGCAAAUCUACCAAUGGGCUUAGUAGUAGCUGUGAAGAAACUUCACCCACUUAAAGUUUAUGAGUACAUGGAAUGGGGAAGCUUUUCAAGCAUCCUAAGCAAUGAUGAAGGGGCUGCACAAUUGGAUUGGAAUCUAAGGUUGAAGGUUAUUAAAGGUGUGGCCCAUGCUUUAUCUUACCUGCACCAUGAUUGCACCUCGCUGAUUGUCCAUCGAGACCUAUCAAGUAACAAUGUUCUAUUGAAUUCAGAACUUGAGGCUAGUGUCUCUGAUUUUGGCAUUGCACGAUUGUUGAUGCCUGAUUCAUCCAAUUGGACUAUGCUCGUAGGCACUUAUGGAUACAUCGCUCCAGAGCUUGCAUAUACAAUGAGGGUGAUUGAAAAAUCUGAUGUAUAUAGCUUUGGUGUUGUGGCACUUGAAGUGAGGAUGGGAAGGCAUCCUGGGAAGCUCAUCUCCUCCUUGUCAUCACCAAAUGGAGAAGAUACACUGCUAAAGGAUAUGUUGGACCAACAUCUCUCCGAUCCGAAGGCAGAGGUUGCACAGGAAGUCGUAUUUGCAAUGUCCAUGGCACUUGCAUGCAUUCGAUCAGAUCCAAACUCUCGGCCAACCAUGCACCAUGUAGCUCAGGAGCUAUCUGUUGGCGGGCCUUCUUUCUCUCUAGAGCCAUUUCUUGUACUUACACUACCUCAACUGAUGGAUCUCAAGGUAUAA